GACCUUGAGGAUGAUGAGUAUGAUGUGAGGAAACCAAAGAAGCACAGGAGGUCUAUCGCGAGGACUGCCUCAAUUACCAGGCAGCAGAACUUUAAACAGAGACUGGUGGCCCUGAUCAAGAGGUUCCGAGUCUCAGACGAGGUGUUGGACUCUGAGCAGGACCCGGCAGAACCCCCUCCAGAGGUAGAGGAGGAUCUGGACCUGGAGAGUCUGGACCUAGAGAACCCCAGUGACAGUGGACCGGAACUAGACGAUGACGACAGUGUCCUCAGCACCCCGAAACCUAAACUCAAGCCAUAUUUUGAGGGUCUCUCACUCUCCAGCUCUCAGACAGAUAUUGGCAGCAUCCACAGCAGCCGGAGUCACCGAGAGCCACCAAGUCCG